AACGGUUCUUCUCAUUUUCAUUUCAUUUUGAAAACUUAGUUUUGUGGAGCCGAGUAAUUACCAGCUACAUCCAUCUUCAUCAUCAUCACCACCAAAUCUCAUGGAUACCGGCGAUUCUCAAGACGCAAAGCAAAGUCCUGCUGAUAUGACAGCAUUUGUGCAAAAUCUUCUUCAGCAGAUGCAAAGUAGGUUCCAGACCAUGUCUGACUCCAUUGUUACAAAAAUUGAUGAUAUGGGAACUCGUAUAAAUGAGUUGGAGCAGAGCAUCAAUGACCUGAGAGCUGAGAUGGGUGUGGAGAGCUCACCAUCACCAGCGGGCGCCGAGAAGCCAAAGGAAGAAGAGUUGAAAAAAGAAGAGGGUUCAGAUUAAAGUGACGUUUUAAUUUCAAUCUCUCAUUGUUCUUGUCUUGCAUUGCACAAUGAUUGAUUGGUAUGGUGCAUCAACUAUCUUUGUCUAAGUAGUGUUCAGAAAAUUAACGUGUUGUGUUGUGUUGUGUGGCUGAGUACAGCUGAUCAUUUGUAGCUAAAUCACCUUAUAGUUUUUAUGAUUUAGCAAUACUCCUACAAUUUUAUAUUACAGUCACUUUGUUGCUCUA